ACUGAUUGGGACCGGCAUGAGGAAAUCGAAUCUUAGUGGAGGCUUUAUAAACCCACAGCCUCACUGCUGAUGUUGAGGACAUAACUUGAUCACCGAGUCGCAGGCUAUCCUCCUGUUCUUAAGAGACUUUAAACCGAGAAGCAUUCAUCAUGAAUAUUACAAUCACUCUUCUUGGCGGGGAACCACGUCCCCUCAUUGUGCCUCCAGGGACCACCGUGGGCUCGCUGAAAAUACUCAUCUUUCAAAAGUUCCACAUCUCCCCGGAGAGGCUUUCAGUCGACAAGAUAAUUCUCGAUGAUGACUUAAAAGACCUGAGUUUCUAUGGGGUGCUACCCUGUGCGAAUAUUUUCGUGCUGGUCCAAGAGCCCAAAAACAUCCAAGUGUUCCUGAAAACGGAGAAGGGUGCGAAUCACACAUACAACGUCCGACCUGGGGAGACGGUGGCAGGCUUCAAGCUCAAGGUGAAACAGCGGGAAGGAGUGGCUGAGGACCAACAAAGGCUGAUCCAUGAAGGCAAGCAGUUGGACCACGGAAGUCAUACAUUGGUGUCCUAUAAUGUGAGAGAGGGGAGCACCAUCUUCCUAACCGGACGUCUGAGAGGCGGCUAGGACUCGAGAGGCGGCUCGAGCGGUAGAAUCAGGAGUUGGAAACGUUUUGCCUAUCCUAUCUCCGACCUAACUGAAAAAGCCAGCGUGUAAUUUAUAUUUUUUACAUUGAUAAAAUGAUUUGGCGAAGAGCCGGCCUUUUCAUAAUUUUAAAUGCACAUAUUUAAUAACGAA